AAAUUAUUCAUGGAUAUAAAUAAGUAAAAAAUUGGAUAACCGUUCAAAAGAUUGGAUACUCGGUUGCGCUCGCUGUGAGACUUAACUCAAUACCUUAUGGUGCGAGUUGAUGCCACCAGUAUCUACAUUCUUGAAGGUACCCUUCUCUUUCAAGAGGAUUUGCGACAUGUCAAGCUCCGGGCAUCACGACGGGAUUUUGCAUUAACCAGAGCUUCGGCAAACCAAGAACUGAGCUGCAACUAUGGCGGCCAUUGCUUCUGCUUGUGGCUCCAGAACCUUCCUUCUCUCCCAACGAAGCCUCUUCUUCUCCACCUUCAACAUUUCCUCUAAGUCCACCGUCUCCUUCUCCUCCGUCAGAAGCAGUUGCCGCUGCAUCGCUUCCUCUGCAAGUUCUCUCCAAUCCUCCACUCUCGAACCCCACAGCGCUUCUCGGCGCAACGUCGUCGAAAUUCUCGAAGAAAGAGGCCUUCUCGAGUCCAUCACCAGCGACAAUCUCCGCUCGGCUUCUCUCAGCCCUCUCAAGGUCUAUUGCGGCUUCGACCCCACCGCCGAGAGCUUGCAUUUGGGGAAUCUCCUUGGUCUCAUCGUUCUCUCUUGGUUCCGCCGAUGCGGCCACGCUACCGUCGCUCUCAUCGGUGGCGCCACCGCGCGAGUCGGCGACCCCUCCGGCAAGAGCCUGGAGCGGCCCGAGCUUGACCUCAAGACCUUGGAGGCCAACACUCUUGGAAUUACCAAUUCCAUAGCUAGAAUUUUGGGGAAUUCGGGCUCGGAUUCGAAUUUCAGCCCUAACUUUGUGAUUCUAAAUAAUUACGAUUGGUGGAAGGAGUUCAGAUUUCUGGAUUUCUUGAAAGGAGUGGGUCGGUUUGCGAGAGUGGGGACGAUGAUGGCUAAGGAGAGCGUCAGGAGAAGGCUGGAAUCGGAGCAAGGAAUGAGCUAUACUGAGUUUACUUACCAGCUCUUGCAGGCUUAUGAUUUUCUGCAUCUGUUUCAAAACGAGGGUGUUUCUGUUCAGAUUGGUGGUAGUGAUCAAUGGGGGAAUAUCACUGCAGGGACAGAGCUUAUUAGGAAAAUUUUGCCUCAUGCUGAUGGCGUUUAUGGCUUAACGUUCCCUCUUCUGCUGAAGAGCGACGGCACCAAAUUCGGCAAAUCCGAAGACGGCGCCGUCUGGCUCUCGCCGUCAAUGCUAUCUCCAUACAAGUUCUAUCAGUACUUCUUCAGUGUCCCAGAUGCUGAUGUGGCGAGAUUUCUCAAGAUCCUCACAUUUUUGGAUAUGAAGGACAUUCAAGACUUGGAAAGCCAAAUGGGGAGCUCCGGGUACGUGCCGAAUACGGCGCAGAGGCGGCUGGCGGAAGAAGUUACCCGGUUUGUUCAUGGAGAAGAUGGUUUGAGUGAAGCCCUUAAGGCCACUGAGGCAUUGAAACCAGGAGCAGAGACAAAGUUGGACUGGAAGACUAUUGAGGGGAUUGCUGAGGAUGUUCCGUGCUGCUCAUUGGGGUAUGAUCAAGUGUUGAAUCUUUUGAUUGUCGAUCUUUCGGUUACUUCUGGUUUGCUCGAAAGCAAGUCAGCUGCCCGUCGAUUGCUGAAGCAAGGGGGGCUUUAUUUGAAUAAUAGUAGAGUGGAUUCUGAAGGCAAGAGAGUUGAAGCUGCAGACAUUGUAGAUGGGAAGGUUCUGCUUCUAUCUGCAGGAAAGAAAAACAAGGUGGUUGUAAGGAUAUCAUAACAGAGCUGAUCCAGCAUUCGCUCGUUAUUCAUUAACCAACAUGUCUUUUAUAUUUUUGGUGAAUUUUUUUUGAUAAAUUAUAUCAAUGUUUAUAGUUAAGGCCCAAUCUAUGAAUCUAUAAUUUUGAGUAUUAGUAAACUAACUUGCAGCAGGGGAAGUAAUUAUUUCAGAUAUAUGUUGUUGUUGAUAUGCCAAGUAAGGAGGGCAAUGGAUGCAGGUUAAAUUGAUGAGCUGCUUCAUUA